AUCAAGAAAGUGUCUGGGCAAGGAAUGAAAGGUGCAACACAAAUGGCAGGUGGAAGAGUUGCAUGGCGCGCUCUCGUGAAGACCACAGCAACGCUUUACAGCGCCACCUGAAGUUGAUGAUGAUGACUAUUGUAGCUUUGUAGCGUGACCCUCAAUGAGUUCAAAAACAUACCGUACCUUCCCUACCUGUCAUUCGCAAUAUUACACACAAUAGAAAAAUAUACGCUUUGUUGAGUCACAAAAACGUUGUCAGUUCGGAACGUCGUAUUUGCAUGUACUUGCGUGUGUAAACACUGGCUUUGUAUUUUACUGUGUAUUCAACUCGAUUUCCCACGUUAUUAGUGCAAUGCUUUCAUUUUCAUUGCUGCUGUUGUGGGCGGGCAGAAGUUUGUGUAGUAUCAGUCUGACUGUAGUGGUGGACUUUCACAACGAGUUCCAAUCUAUUUGAUUGAAAUUAUAAUCGACUCAAAUUCUGCAGACUUACAAACAUUACACUUUUGCGAAGUUGAUCGGCAGCAAACGCUAGCUCUGACUACUUGCUAUUUACGACCUAAUUUUAGUCGUAUAAACAAACUUUUUGAUCAAAAAUGUCUACUCGUAGUAGAUCUUGUACGUGCUCGCGCCCGAAAUGCUCCGAUUUCGGGCUUGGAGGGGUGUCCCCAUCCGUCUACGUCACAACUCAGUGUCCGAUGCACUGCGGAGUAUACCUGGCCUACCGUCUCCUGAUCACGCUCUAUCUCUUGGGCUAUUUCCUCUAUUUAUUCAUCGUGUCGGUGCGUCCUGGAGGCGAAUACGGCGGGUACUUCUUCAUCUACCUCACCCACUGGGGCUACAUCCUAAUGCUGGUGUACCAAAUCUGCGCCCUGUGGAACAUCAUCGUCUAUGCGGCCUUCAUGAAGCCGGCAGGGUGGACUUCCGAUGAUGACGUCCCUUGGUAUUUUUUUCACCGCGGCCAGUGGAUGCUCUUCAACAUGUACGCUUCCGUCGCCAUCCUCGUCUCCAUCCUGUACUGGGGCGCCCUCUACGUUCCCGGAACGAACGAUCUGUACUACGACAUCAACUUCCAUACCCUCAACGGGAUCGUCGCAUUGAUCGAGAUCUUCCUCUCGGCGACGAUCAUUCGCAUCCUGCACUUCAUCUACCCGUUCAUGUUCGCCGCCGCAUACGUUGUCUUUGCUGGGAUAUACUACGCAGUCGGGGGCACCGACCAGAAGGGUAACCCAUACAUCUAUUCCGUUCUCGACUUCGGGGCCAGUCUGGGUUUCGCGGCUGGACUCUCCGUCGUGGCCGUGGUCGCAGUCGUGAUCAUUCAUAUCCUGAUCGUUUGGGGACUCCAUAAGUUGAAGGUCUUGGUAUUCGAUAGAUGCUGCCCAUCAUGUUUCCCGAACGAAAAUGUUGAAAAUAGAGAUCUCGAGAUGGAAGGCGAAUUUCAACUCAAAGUUUAGGUCCCGGUAUUAUUAUUGAUAUGGCCACAACCACUGAAAUUCAUUUUUUAAUAAAUUGCUGCACGAUAAACAACCGCAAUGUCUAGUAGAUGUAUAUUCAUAUAAAUUACGUGCGUGGUGAGGCUUUCCUCCUUUUUUUGGGGGGGGGGGGGAGCCUCAGCCAACUCCGGAAAAAUACCAAAUCUCCCGAAUCCCGGCAAACUUCAUUUUAUUUUAGGCGGCGGGGUGUUCUUAUAGAGUAAUAAUAAAUAUACCGUAAUAUAUCUAAAUGAGAAGAUGUUAAUUUAAAGCAAUGCAAUAGCAAUGCAAUAUAUCGAGAGUGAAUGUCACGUUAUACUCCUUACAACAUCUUAAAAUGGAAAGUAGAUAUUUGGGCAACAGACAAUAUAGUACAAAUCAUCACGUUUGGAUGUAACACUAUGUAAUAACCAAAGAACACAAAGAUUUCGAAAAAGAUCAGCCUAUUUAUAAGGCAAUUUCUUCCUUGAGUUGAUUCGUCGAAUGUUUUUGUGAUCCUGUUCAUAAAAAGAAAGUUUGAAAAACCUGCAAUUGAAAAGACUGUGGGUUUACUAACAUGUCUUACUACUAACAAUAUUCUAUUGGUGUUGUUUGUUUGUUUGUUUGUUUGUUUAUUUUCUGAAGAGUGAUGCUGAGUAUUGGUGGUCGAACUAUUCUUUGUAUUGGUAACAUAUUGUCCAGGAACCUUGUUAUCAAACUGUUGAAUGUAUACACAAAUUGAAUAGUUGUGUAAUGUAUGUGUAAGCUUUGGAAUCGUCACAUUCUUAACAAAAAUACUACAUUUUGCCAUAAUAAGUUUUGUGCCAUAAAUACAUGUUUAUAUAUACAGCCCAGUCUAUGAUGUUGAUUGGUGUUGUUCGUUUGUUUGUUUGUUUGUUUUCUGAAGACUAAUGCUGAGAACUGGUGGUUGAACUGUUCUUUGUAACAUAAUUGUUUCAGGACCUUUCUAUCAAAAUGUUGUUUGUAUAGCAAAUUUGAAUAGAUAUGUAUGUAAGGGUAAGCUUUGGAAUCAUCACAUUCUUAACAAAAAUACUACAUUUUGCCAUGAUAAGUUAUGUGCCAUUAAUAAAUGUUUAUAAUUAUACAGCCCAGUCUAUGAUGUUGAUAGGUGAGGGGGUAUUUAUAUUACUGUUUCAAAUAUAAGAACUUCUAAAUCAGAAGUCCGGCGGCAUUUUUUUUACUCAACGCAAUAGUAAUUUUUUGUCUUCAUGUGAUAAUAAUAUUUAAAAGAGAGAUACAAUGUCUCAGAAAUAUACAGUUUCAUGUCUGUUACCAGUACUCAGCGUUCCAUUGGCUGCAUAAAGUUCUGAAGAACACAUUUCAUUGAAAUUUUUACGAAUUCUCAAUUUAUCAGAGAGUUCAUACUAAAGGGAGACACAGCCCUUAACUACUUUGUAACCAAUUACCUUGUAGUUUAGUUACUUUGUAAGGUCACAAACUUCUAUUUUUUUUUUUUUUAUUAUCAAAAAAACAAAAAAUGUAUAUUUAUGCAACACUUUGUUAUGAUAUAUUUGCAGAGUAUUCUUACAAGCUUUAUUUUGUUUAUGUUAAUUUUGACUAACUUUUUUUUUUUUUAAUUAUAAUCCGAAUUUACCUGAUUCUGCAUAAUUGAUUUGAUUAUUCAACCAACGUCACAAUUGUAGGCCUACACGCUACGAAAUAAAGGUACGAUUCUGCUACACCUCUGUCGAAUACGCGUAUAGGUGGAUGCAAAUCUGCACCCCAAUUGAACUCUUAUUUCUUAUAGUGUGUAGAAUGAAGACUGUGAAACAAAACUCGGAAUUCUAUAUUAAUCUGUUCGCAUUCUUUUCGGGGAAAUGACAAAUCAGUGAUGUCAAAUACAUGUAUAUAUAAUUAUAAACAUUGAAAGAAUUAUAUCCAUAAGUGCAUUGUUUUACCAAUAUGUGUCCACAUACAAGAUAAUAAUAGCAAUAUGCAAUUGAUUAAAAUAUUCGUAACUCU